AACCACUAGACCCCAACGCAGAAGGAAUCUGAGCGCUCGCGUGCGCCAUGUUGAACGAUUUCUUCGACCCGAGGCACGACAGCUAGCAUAUGAUGCUAGGCUGGCCGAAUGAGCCCUUCUGGGCAGGGUUCCAUUUCGAGCUUCUUAAUGAUGUAGGGCUAGCAAUAUGCCGAAGCAUCAAGAACACAGCUACCUCGGAUGCUACAGAAGCAGCCACACCGCUUUCUAAGAAAAGAAGUUGGGGCUUCUUCGGAACCAAAAACCGUUAUCUUGGCAUAGGUCCACAAUUGACGCGGCGAGAUGAUAGGGUUCGCAUCUUAUUUGGGUCCGAAAUCCCGGCAAUUCUUCACAAGACUUGCCCUUCUUCCCUGAAUUCACGUUGGACCUUGUUUUACACUGGAUUAUAUAGGGGGCGAAUCAGUUGAGAGAGUUCACGCACGCAGGGAGGUAGUCGCUUCUGACGUUCGAAACCCACAAGUUUCCUACACCUACAUGCGGAUUUUACACGAUAGCAAAGUUAGCGGCGGCGCCGGUCGAGGUCGCGCA